CUUUGACAGCGCCCUGACUGAUCGGAGCGGGGAGAUCGCCGUGGGGUUUUAGUGCAGAGACAGAGCGCGGACAUGGGCACAGUACACGCCCGGAGCCUCGACCCCCUGCCCAUGAAUGGACCCGACUUUGGAUCCCCCGACGAUGCUGAUCUGGUGGAAGUGGAGCCUGAGAAGAAACAGGAGAUCCUAGAGAAUAAAGAUGUGGUGGUACAACGCGUUCACUUCGAAGGUCUUGGAAGAACGAAAGAUGAUCUCAUUGCGCAUGAAAUCAGCCAAGUAUUUAAGGCUAAAAACCUAAUUGAAGUCAUGAGAAAGUCUCACGAGGCCCGAGAAAAACUGCUCCGCCUGGGAGUGUUUCGAAAUGUGGAAGUCCUGAUUGAUACAAGUGAAGGGGAAGACGCUGUGCCCAAUGGACUGGACGUGACGUUUGAGGUGACAGAAUUAAGACGACUGACAGGGAGUUACAAUACGAUGGUUGGGAACAAUGAGGGGAGCAUGGUUCUUGGGCUUAAAUUCCCCAACCUGUUCGGCCGAGCAGAGAAAAUGACUUUUCAGUUUUCGUAUGGAACCAAAGAGACGUCCUACGGCCUGUCCUUCUUUAAACCCCAAGUCGGGAACUUUGAAAGAAACUUCUCAGUCAACUUGUACAAAGUCACCGGCCAGUUCCCAUGGAGUUCCCUGCGGGAGACCGACCGGGGCGUAUCGGCCGAAAUCAACUUCCCCAUCUGGAAAACCAGCCACACCCUGAAGUGGGAGGGAGUUUGGCGAGAGCUCGGCUGUUUGGCCAGAACGGCUUCAUUCGCCAUACGAGAAGAGAGUGGACACACGCUGAAAUCUUCCUUAUCCCACACCAUGGUGAUUGAUUCCCGCAACGCUUCCAUCCUGCCCAAAAGAGGCGCCUUGUUGAAGAUCAACCAGGAGCUGGCGGGAUACACUGGAGGGGACGUCAGUUUUCUCAAGGAAGACUUUGAGUUGCAGUUGAACAAGCAGCUCGCCUGGGACUCCGUGCUGUCGACGUCUCUCUGGGGCGGAAUGCUGGUGCCUGUUGGAGACCGGCCGUCCAGUAUCGCAGACCGGUUUUACCUGGGGGGACCCACGAGCGUGCGAGGAUUCAGCAUGUACAGCAUUGGUCCCCAGAGCGAAGGAGACUAUUUGGGCGGAGAAGCUUACUGGGCUGGGGGCGUGCACUUAUACACCCCUCUACCCUUUCGGCCGGGACGCGGGGGAUUCGGGGACCUUUUCAGAACCCACUUCUUCCUCAACGCUGGGAACCUCUGCAACCUGAACUACGGGGAGGGCCCCAGGGCCCAUCUGCAGCGAUUGGCUGAAUGUAUCCGCUGGUCCUAUGGGGCGGGGCUAGUUCUGCGCUUGGGGAAUAUCGCCAGACUGGAGCUGAAUUAUUGUAUCCCUAUGGGGGUCCAGAGUGGAGACAGGAUCUGCGAUGGGGUUCAGUUCGGCGCCGGAAUCCGAUUCCUUUAAUCCUGUGGCCAAUCCACGGCCAAUCCGCCCGAUUUAAGGGAUGAACCACAGCACUAGCAAAACAACGUUUUUAUUCCUUCCAAAUGAUCUUUUGUGUAAUUAAAGCGGCACCGGAAUAAAGAGUUUAUUGUGUUAUUA